AUGGUGAAGCAAAAGGAGCCAGAGGAAGUUUUCGAGCUGAUUCCCGAAUCUGAAAUGCUCGUGCGGCACGGCCAGCAUCUAAGUCGAAUUCAUGAUAUGGCCAUUAGCAGGAAGCUAAUAAACCGUUCCCUCGACGAGUUCGAUCGAAUGGAGAAGGAACGAACUCGAAGUGACCACUGGGAUCAGUACCUGCUCUGCGAUGAACUGCCGCGACCCUUCAACCCAUCGGAAAUACGUACGUUCUUAGCCAAAGAACGGCACUUCGAGGACCUUGAGGCGGACAAGGCUAUAGACUGGACUUUGUCGGUGGACGAGCGCAGUAUCUUGAAUCAGAACAUUUACAGGGUCGACCGAACCCGUCGAACGCUGAAAAAGGUCCAGGCCAUCAAUCCGGCCGAGUACAUCGAGAGGGAUGUCCAGCUGUGCCUCGACACAUUGAGGCGAUUGGAUGGUCUGCUGGACAACGAUUUGGAGCUGCAACGAAUGAGCGUGAGGAGGCUGGCGGAUAUAUUGCUGGUUCGCGGCGACAUCGAGCUGGAGAUCGUCAGCCUCUUCGAUCGUCUUGCCUACAGGAUCUUGGGCAUGCAAGGAGCCCACAUGAAUACUGUGGACAAUAGGGUAGCCACGUGGAGCUACAAAUGUGAGCCGUGGGCCAUGGAUAUUUGGGGUCUGCUGAUAGCACCCAUGCGCUUCAACAAUUUGCCAAUUCCUGCUAUGCUGGCCGAACUGAGCACCACAGGUGUCUCGGUGCAGAUGCCUCUGAGUGUGUUGAGGGACUGCCUCACCCUGCGCUGCAUCCACACCAAAUUUGAUAACUACUCGCCAAAUGCCAAGAGCUAUGAGCUCUUGGUUACCGAGUCCCCUACCUACCCCACCGCUGGGAUAGUGGAUAUCGAGGCCUCGGCGGAAAACGAGUGGCGCAUGCAGCUGGAGAUACAAAAGGAGAUCUUGGAGGAGAUGUUAGUGAAGCGGCAGCUGUACGAGGAACUCAUUGAGCUUAUAAACGCAAAGAACGAACAGGCGGCAAGAGAGUCGAAAGGGGCGGACAGGAAGGCCCAGAAGGCAGCUAUACCCAAGUUCCCAAAGGAGCAGCCAAUAGUGCCGCCGGGCAUGGUGCCCGAUAUCUACCAGGAGUUCGUCAAAAGGGAGAAGACCCAAUACCAAUCAUUUCUGGAGGAGGUAUACCAUCCCAAUGCACUGAACCUGACAUAUGAUGAGAUAAAUCUUCGCGAAUGCAUUAUGCUCGGCGGAAUAUACUCGAUUAUGUUUGUGGGCCGGCCUGCUCAAACGCAAUUCGAGAAGUUCAACAUUAUCCUGCACGAAGACGGCCGGGCCUUACUCACUAUGCCGGAGGUGGUGGCCGUCCUUGACAAGCCCGAGGAUAGCCUCAGAGCCUCGGCCCUUUCAGCGGCGAGGUCGUCUCACUUCCGCUUGACUCUGGAGGAUAUCGGCAAUAUGAGGUUGGAUCCCGAUGAGCUGCCGUACUUUAUCGUCGUCCUGGAUCUGGCGCCCGAGCUUUGCCUGUGGGGCGAGCCCAAGGUCUGCCAGUUCUUGACGAGUCUGCAGCCCAUUUAUCCAGGGCCAGAAAUAUCCCUCAGCUAUACUGCCACUGAGAAGCACAAGAAGGCGGCUCCAAAGCCGCGACAUAUUCUCGAAGGAAACGAUACCGAGGAAACCCCGAGCGCCAAUAUCUUUCGACCCACUGUCAGGGCGAGCAUACGGUUUAGUGAAUCGAGGUCUUUUCAGCUUGAGAAAUCUGGCGGUCUGCCCGAUUUCCCGUUGGAUGAUUAUCUCGAUCAUCCGAAAUUGCGGAGCAUGGAGCGACAUUGUCUACCGCGCCUGCUCUCCUCGUUCAAGUUUCCAAGCGAGUUUCUAGAGGAGCUGAAGGAGGCGUUUGCCACCAAAAAGGCAGCAAGGCAGAAGGGUCUGGUCCGACGACACAGUAUCGAGGAUGAGGAAUUUGCACUGUCAAAACUUGAUUUCGAUUUCGAGUCACAGCACAAUCCGGAGCGGCUCUUUCCCAUAUUUGAUGCGUUGGAGAGUGUCGAGUAUCGCGAGAAAGCCCCUAAGGAUAGCGAAACAAUGCACGGCUUGUUGGGCACCAUUCAAAACAUCAAAGAUCGGUAUCUGCUGCGGCAGCCGGCUGUAGACCCCGAGAUAAGGCCUGUCCGAAAAAAAGAUAUGAUUUCCGAGGAGCCGGCCACACAGGCACGAGCCAAAGCCAAAGGACACAAGCACAAAGUAAGAGCACACCAUUCGGAAUCGAGAGCUGAAUCACGCCAAUCACUCCAAUCGGUAGCCUCAGCCAAUGAGGAAACGAUGGAACCAAAGACGGAGGUCUUGCACUGGACAACGAAGCACAUUGUGGAUACCACAUUCGACAGACUGAACCACACGAUGACCAUUAAGACAGAUCGUUUGGGUAUUUUCGGCUUGGCCUUCAAACGCUACGAGCAUUUUCCCUUCCGCGACUGGUCCCUGCAGCCCAACGAGGAGAAUCCCGAUGAGAUCAUUCUCCAGUUGGACACGUACCAUGUGCGAAUUUAUUUAUACAUUACAUCGAAGGGAGUGCGCGGCUAUGCUACGGAAUUGAGCAACGCGUAUACGGCGAAACCAGUCAAAUAUCUUGAAAUUGUUGAGCCUGUUUCCGAUUUUCGUGACUUGCGGAAGAUUUUUGUGGAGAAGAACAUCAAUAUUUUCGCCGAGAAUGAUGCGUGUUUCUACAUCCAAAGGGACUACUUUUCCAUCAAGCAUGUGGCCACAGAGUAUCACACAUACGACGUGAUGGCCCUCCACUGUAAGCUGAUGAAGUUCUAUCGGUCCAGCUGGAACCGCUUGGCCUCUCGUCGCGACAUCAUUGUGGGCAUGAAGAAUGCGAAAGACCAUUCGGAUUUAUCGACAGUUAAGUUGCGCAUCACACCCGAAAGGACAACCUUUGUGGAGGUGCAAGAGCUUUGUUCGGAGGAUAUUAACGUCAUUAAAUUGGACUUUCAAGAAACCUGGCGAAACAUUAGCAACUGCACGGACCUGCAUCAAGCCAUUUGCUCGAUGAGUUCCAAUGCCAUGGACGUGCGCAAUAAAGAUCCUUUACUUUUUUAUUACGUUAAGUGGAUGUUAAGUGAGAUUCGUCCAUUGAGUUUUUCUUAGGAUUAUUCGGUGUGUUUAUAUUCGUGAAUAUUCGUAUGU